UUCUGAAAAGUUCCAAACUUUGUCAACAACAAGCGGAAUUAUGAAUAUAUUAUGGAAGUCAGAAGAGGAUUAUUACCUCAAAAUAGUGUAGGCCUGGUUAUUGAGUAUAAUGGAGAAACUAGGUGUACAUAUCGCCAUUCUGGUACUUUGUUUAUCAACUUGGUGUGCAGUUGCCAGUGACAGGAAAUGGUACAAAGGCUGUUACAAAGACAAUUCUAGACCUGAGGUACCAGUUGGGGACAACACAAAAAUAUGGGGCUUACCAUGGGGGACUCGCAAUGAAACUGACCAAGACAACUGUUUAGUUGUAGAAUGCUGCAGAAAAUGCUUCUUACAAAGGUUUGAAUUUGCUGCAAUACAGGAAGAUCGAUGCCAUUGCCAUAGUAACAAGGAUGACCUUAGAAUGCUUAACAACGAUUUCUGUCUAUCUGAGAAUAGGACAGAACACAGUUAUCUGCCCUUACAUUGUGGGCAGACAAAUGUGUCAUGGAGCGUGUUCCGAUCAUCAGGGCCUUACAUCGUCAAUAUCUCUGUCACCAUGGAUACCCCCUGGGUGGUCACUGGCAGGCCUGUUGUGAUUGAAGUAGUGACAAAUUUGGCCAGCUUUGUUAAUAUAUCUGAUGAGAUUCCAUCAUCGUUGGAUGUGUCUGAGAUGCUGAUGGAGUGGUCUUUUGAUGAUCUACUUACACCUGGUUCACUCAGAUUAAAGGCAGAAGGGAGAGAGGUGUAUGGCAGAAUCUCCCACACAUUUAACACUGCAGGCAACAACUCAUUUAGAGGCCAUUUCAGUGGUUUCUUGAAACAGGAUGUGAAGUCUAUGCCAAGAAAUCUGAAAAAUCCAGUCAUCAUCAACCAGAGGGCAUUCUGUAGCAUAUUAUUAUAUCAAGAUGGACCACUCUGAAAAUGAUAACAGCCUAAAGUGACAUGUGAAAUGAUUUUGACAACCUAGAUAUUAGGAAAUCCAUGUCAAUGCUAUUUCCAUGCAACUGAUCAAUCUGUUUUGUUGUAUUGAAUUAAAAUCAUUGUUGGAAAAUAAAUAAAAAAAAACUAGAUUUGACAUGGUAGUCAAACGGUGAAAUAUGCUUUGUACAAAAUAACAUUAUAUAUAAAUACAAGGGUACCAUUUAGUCUUUGAUAAAACUUGUUAUAUCAUCCAAUAAAAUAGCUCUG